AGAUGGACGGGAGAGUCCGCGCAUGCGCGUGCCCACCUUUGCCAGUUCCUAGUAGUCCAAGUAGGAGAGCGGGAACGAGGAUCGAGGAUUUCCUGGAACAGCAACUGAGCCCCGUGGAGAAACCGCGGCCCAAGCAGCUUCCAUGUGCAGCCCAAAGAUCAGGGAUGUUUGCUAGCUGUCCAGGCUACAAACCACAGGAGAAAGAUUAAAGGCAGACUGCUCUGGAUGUCCAGAUGUGCCACAGCCAGGACUGGAAAUAGCUGUCUAUCUUGCCCCUCGUCUCCUAUAAAAUUCUGAAGUGGAGAUUUGGGUCCAUGACAAUGAAUGGGUAGCGCCCCAAUAUUCUUGGGGCCCACCCUGAACUCAUGACCAAUGGCUACAGAGAAGGUCUAAGUGAAUUCUUUCACAUCUGAACCAGCUCUCCCAACUCCAACCUCAACAAACUGGGCUUUCUUUCUUAGAGCAAGCUAUCAUCCUCAUAAUUUGGCAGUGAUAAUCCACAGAUCCAAAGGACUUAUAUGAAACACACCACCUGCCUCCUGCCGGAGAAGUGUUGGACAUAAGAUGCAGAAUGAGAUUUAUAUUUCUGGACAUGGCUAAUAGGGCCAAGCCUCCUAAAGAGCAACAUGCUGAGAAACAUCUCCGUAAAAUUAGACAAAAUGCUUUUAAGAAAGAUGCCAUUGAAGCUUCCAUUAAAGAGAAUGAAAGGUUUCAUUUGGGUGUUCAGUGGGAUAUGCACAUUGACCGAAGUUUUAUGAACAAACUUGUGCAGAGAAAAGUGGAAGAUGCAAUGCAAGGAUUUUUGAUAAAUACUGAAGAAAGAAGAAAGAGGCUUCGGGAACUCCUGGAAGCUGAAGAAAAUCAGUAUUUGACUGAAAUUGAAGCAAAGGAAAACACAGCAAAGAUCAGACAAGAUGAGAUGAGGGAGAAAGUUCGAGUAUUAAGAGAAGCAAGAGAAAAAGAAAGACAAGAUUUUGUUGCUAAAAAAAGAGACCAGCAAUUCAGGGAACACUGUGAUGAUCUCCGUAACCACCUGGUCCAAGUCCAUGAGAAGAAGGUGUGUGAAGAGCGAGCUGCACAGGUCGCUUUUAAUGAGGAACUGAGAAAACAGAAAAUGAUAGAAGAAAAACUGUUCAUUGAGCUUUGGGAACAUGACAGAUUAGCAAAGGAAAAGAGAGCAGCUGAUGAAGCCGCUGAAAAAGCAAAGAGAGAUGAGCAGACACUCUUAUGUCUCAAUGCCCAGAUGGCCACUCUUAACGCUCAAAAACAAGAGGCCAAGCGUCUAAAGGAAGAAGAAGGUCUCUUAGUGGAAAAGAGAACAGCUCAGCUGAAACGAGAUAAAGAAAAAGAGAGGCUGGAGAAGCAGCAGAAAAUGCAUCAGACCAGGGACAAUCUGGAGAAAGCCCUCCAAGACAGGAAUGAUCGCCUCGCUCAGGAAAGAGCCAAGGAACUUUACUUGGAAAACAAGCUUUUGGAAAUUGCUCGUCAAGAAACACGAGAUGAGAAUGAAGAACUAAGGCAAAAGAAAGAAGACACUGAGAGGGAGGUAAAGCUAUAUCAGGCAUAUCUGAAUCAGUGCUGGGAAGCUGAGAGACUUCACGAAGAUGAGGCAGACAGAAUCAUAGCAGCUGAGUCAGCAAAAAUAAAAGCCAAGAAGGACGCGCAGCUGAUGCUUGAAAAGGAUGCAAGAAAACGACUAAUGGAUGAUGUCUUGGCUACCAGACAACUACAAGUUAUAGAAAAAAUGGAAAGAGAAGCAAAAGAAAAAGUUCUUGAUCAGGAAUUAAUAAUGAAAGGUCUUGAAGAACUUAACUGUGAAGAUGCAGAAAAUUAUGCAAGAAAAUGCAGGGAAACCCUGGAAUACAGGAAGCAACUGCAAGCUCAAAUUGAACACCAGCAUCAGAUUCGAGAGGCAGAAAAAGAAGCAGAAAAGAAAGAGUAUGAAGCAGGGCUGAUGGCAAAGAAAGAGCUCAAUGAAAGAAUUCAGGAAGUACUUGCAAAGUAUGAAGCAGACCAAGAAUACAUCCAUCCCUUUCGAAGAACUAUUCCAAAAGCAUACCCAUUUCCAUGAUAGUAUGUUUAGUAUCAAUUAAGAUACAGAUUAACUCCUCUAAUGCUCAAAUAUAAUUUAUUUUCAAAUUCUUACUAACUCAUUAAUAAACUAUCCUUUCUUCUUGA